AGUGAGGAACUUUUCUUGUUCAUUUGAUAGAAGUUACUUCAUUGAAACAAUGGCUUUGCCUUUUUCCUCCAGCAAACAGAAAAAUCUAAUGGCUACGUUAAUCGGCUUGUUGUGACUUGUCUAAGAAGUGGACUUAAUCGAUCAUUUCGAGUUCUACAGAAGCCAGAACGAACACCGAUAAGAGCUCUAAGAGCCUCCUCUUCUGGAAGGUGUGUGUGUAUGCAUUAUUUGUGGUGCACAUAAUCUAUUUUAUGGGGAGACUACAUGCUUUCUUUGACAUCUACUGGAUAAUCUAGAAGUAGUUUUGGCGUGCCUAUAAGGAAUCACAUUGUGAUUUGGGAGUAUACUAGGUUGUCUGUAUCCAUCGCGGAACUAGAUACUUGAUCCUUGACAGACGGGAAGGAUGGUUACUCCAAUGUGAAUGCUAAUCUACUGAGGGUUUAUCCUUAUCUAUAAUCACUGCGCUAUAUUUAAAUUGAAUGUUUCCAUUGGGCUUGAUUGUUCAGAAGUUUGGGCAAUGGCAAAGACUCUUGUUAUGCUUAGAUCAAUAGCUCUGCCAUUCACGGUAGUGGAGUGGAGUUUUCAAACAGUCCCCCGUCCGUCAUCUAAAGAUCGUACAACAGCAUCUGUGGAGACAUCUUCGCCAAAGGCAUCUCCUUUGGACUCUAAAUCUGGCACUGAUGGACCACAAAAUGAAUUUUCAGAAUGUUUUUCAUUCGCAUUGGCAAAUGGAGCACUUGGAGUUUUUGAGGUUCAGGGGAAGAAGGAUCCGAGACUUCAGGUGUUUAUAUUUUCUGACAUAUUCGACUACACUAACAUUCAACAAGUUGGUGAGAUGAAAGUCAUGAACCUGAUCAAGAUAAUACAUAGAAAUAAUAUAACUACAUAAGCAAGUUGUUGAUCAAUUGGACUUUAAGGAUGGAAUUGCUGCAAUUAAUGCGAUUAUAUCAU